AUGAGGGAGAUAUGCCAUCUUCAAGCCGGACAAUGUGGUAAUAAGAUAGGAGCAAAGUUUUGGGAAGUUAUAUCGGACGAACACGGUAUAGAUCCGACAGGAACAUAUCAUGGAGAUUCGGAUUUGCAAUUGGAAAGGAUAAACGUUUAUUUUAACGAAGCCACCGGUGGUAAAUACGUACCGAGAUGCGUUCUAAUAGAUUUAGAACCCGGUACGAUGGAUGCUGUACGAGCUGGACCAUUCGGACAAAUAUUUAGACCUGAUAAUUUUGUUUUCGGACAAAGUGGUGCUGGAAAUAAUUGGGCUAAAGGACAUUACACCGAUGGUGCCGAAUUGAUGGAUUCGGUUCUUGAUGUUGCAAGAAAAGAAGCAGAAGGUUGCGAUUGUUUGCAGGGUUUUCAAUUAACUCAAUCUCUCGGUGGUGGUACCGGAGCGGGUUUGGGAACUUUAUUGAUAUCGAAAAUUCGAGAAGAAUAUCCGGAUAGAAUUAUGAACACUUAUAGCGUGGUACCAUCACCGAAAGUAUCGGAUACCGUUGUCGAACCAUACAACGCAACACUUUCCGUUCACCAACUCGUUGAAAACACGGAUGAAUCUUUUUGCAUCGAUAACGAAGCUCUCUACGACAUUUGUUUUAGAACAUUGAAACUCACGACACCGACUUACGGUGAUUUAAAUCAUUUGGUAUCCGCAGCAAUGUCCGGAUGUACGACCUGUCUUCGUUUUCCCGGACAGUUGAAUUCAGAUUUGAGAAAACUUGCCGUUAACAUGGUACCAUUUCCCCGUCUGCAUUUUUUCAUACCCGGUUUUGCACCUCUUACGUCUCGUGGUUCACAACAAUACAGAGCAUUAACCGUACCGGAACUGACGCAACAAAUGUUUGAUGCUAAAAACAUGAUGGCUGCUUGCGAUCCUAGACACGGUAGAUAUUUAACCUGCGCUGCAAUUUUCCGAGGAAGAAUGUCGAUGAAAGAAGUCGACGAACAAAUGUUAAACGUACAAAAUAAAAACAGCAGUUAUUUCGUCGAAUGGAUUCCGACAAACGUUAAAACGGCCGUUUGCGACAUACCACCGAGAGGAUUAAAAAUGGCUGCUACAUUUAUCGGUAACACCACUUCGAUACAAGAACUAUUCAAAAGAGUUUCCGAACAAUUUACUGCCAUGUUCAGACGAAAAGCGUUUUUGCACUGGUACACCGGAGAAGGUAUGGACGAAAUGGAAUUCACCGAAGCCGAAAGUAACAUGAACGAUCUCGUAUCGGAAUAUCAACAAUAUCAAGAAGCAACAGCAGACGAAGAGGGUGAAGACGAAGAAGAUGAAGGCGGUGAAGAUUAA